UACCCAGAUUUGCCAUGGGUUUAGUAUCAGUCACAGUCAGUUAGUCUUCAGACUCGCAACACAGACCUAAACGCAACAAAAUGUUCAAAUUGGUGGUGUUGUUCGCUCUCUUUGCCUUCGCGGCAGCCAAGCCCAGCCAAUACCAUGUGGCUCCCAUCGUGGCUAACACCUACGUUUCGCCCGCAGCAGUCAGCAGCACCUACAGGGAAGACAUCAUCAGCAAGCCUGCCGCCAUCACCUACGCUGCCGCCCCUGUUGUGCACAAGACCGUUGUAGCUGAGCCCGUUGUUGUAGCCGCCCCUGUGGUAGCUAAGACUUACGUCGCCCCAGCUGCAGUCAGCAGCACCUACAGGGAGGACAUCAUCAGCAAACCCUCCGUUGUCUCCUACGCCGCUCCUUUGGUGCAUGCCGCCCCUGUAGCUUACGCUGCUAAGGCCAUCGCCGCCCCAGUCGCCUACGCCGCCCCAGCAGCGGUGAGCUCCAGCUACAGAAGCGACUUGAUCAGCAGCCCAGUGGUAGCCAAGACCAUCGUCGCCCCUGCUGCUUACGCUUAUGCCGCCCCUGCUGCCUACGCAUACGCCGCCCCAUCUGUCCACGCCUGGUAGAGAGAGAACUGACCCAUUUURCAGACUGUGUAAAUAAAUAAUUUAUUAAAAAAUAAAUUGGAAUUUUUGGAAUCAAA